GCUCGCUGCCACAAACCCGGCGGAGAGUGGAGGGGAAGGAGCGCGAGCUACCGGGAGAGAGAGAGAGGCAACAGGGCAGAGCGUCUGAGCGCAGACACGCACAGUUGUGGGAGGACAGCGGAGAGGCACCACGUUUCUUUCUGCCUACCAGCUUUACGCACGCAGAUCGAGCUGCUCGGAGAUCCUGCGUUGUCUUUUGCGCAUGAACGGACCAUUACCGGGAAACUAGAUCGGAACACAUUUAAUUUCCUUACCAAGAAAAUGCGCCUGAAGAUAUUUGCAUAAAACAAUUGGAAAUAUUUUUAAUCCAAGGAGGAAAGACGCGAGUUACUUUUCCCCGUUUCCGUCGCAGUUAGCGCUCUCUGAUGAUCUUUUUGGUUUCUAGUUAAUUUGAAACGCACAAUUUUCUUUAUUUACUCUGCUGAUCUGUUUCCCUGCGCUGCCGACUGUGCGCACAGCAAUGGAUUUUAAACCGUGUUUAGAGUUCAAAUUGCGUUUCUAGACAAGUUGCUCUGGUUGAGGAGAAGUGGCGGCACGCACUCACACUGCAUGAACUGUUUAUUUUCUCCGGCGUGUUAUUCUUAGUGAGUCGGGUGAACGCUGUCCGGCUUUUGGAUUUUGGACACAACCGUGUUGCACGUUAGAAAAACAGAUAACUGUGGAAACGGUCAGGGAAGUGCGACCUGGAGCCGUGUGUCAGAUAAAGCAAAUAAAACCACACAGGAGGAGAAGACGUGUUUUAUUCUGAGGGGGAAAGAUGGAUUUAUUCGUUUGGCUCUGUGGAUGUAUUUUGGCUCUUCUGUUACCUUCAGCGGUAAAAGCCGGGGAAGGAGCAUCUGAACCAUGCGGCGGCAAUUUAGAUGCAAGCGAUGCGGGCUACAUCACCACCCCCGGCUACCCUCUGGAGUAUCCACCUCACCAGAACUGCCGCUGGGUCAUCACGGCCCCUGAGUCUUCGCAGCGCAUCGUCCUGAACUUUAACCCGCACUUUGAAAUAGAGAAACUGGACUGCAGGUAUGACUAUGUAGAGAUCCAUGACGGGAACUCAGAGUCAGCUGACCUACUGGGGAAGCACUGCAGCAACAUCGCCCCCCCGCCGAUCAUAUCCUCAGGGCCUGCGCUCCACAUCAAGUUUGUGUCGGACUACGCCCACCAGGGGGCGGGGUUCUCGCUCCGCUAUGAAAUCUUCAAAACUGGUUCAGACUGUUCCCGUAACUUUACCAGUCCCUCGGGCCUCGUCGAGUCCCCGGGAUUUCCCGACAAAUACCCCCACAACCUCGAGUGCGCCUUCAUCAUCAUUGUCCCGCCCAGAAUGGAUGUCACCCUCACCUUCCUCACCUUUGACCUGGAGAACGAUCCCCUGCCAGGUGGAGAUGGAGACUGCAAGUACGACUGGCUGGAAGUUUGGGACGGGCUCCCGGGAGUGGGCCCUCUGAUCGGUCGAUACUGUGGGACCAGGGUGCCUCCCGAGAUCCAGUCAUCCACUGGGAUCCUCUCUCUGUCCUUCCACACGGACAUGGCCGUGGCUAAAGAUGGCUUCUCGGCUCGCUAUAACAUGACGCACAAGGAAGUCAGCGAGACCUUCCACUGCAGUAACGCGUUCGGCAUGGAGUCAGGAAAGAUCACCGACGACCAGAUCGCGGCGUCGUCGACCUUCGCCGACGAACGCUGGCUGCCGCGACAGGCCCGACUCAAUUACAACGAUAACGCGUGGACGCCCUCGGACGACAGCAACAAGGAGUACAUACAGGUGGACCUCCAUACUCUGAAGGUGCUUACCGGCAUUGCCACACAGGGCGCCAUUUCAAAGGAAACGCAGAAGAAUUACUUUGUUACCUCCUUCAAGCUAGAGGUCAGCACGAACGGAGAAGACUGGAUGAUCUACAGACACGGCAAAAACCACAAGGUUUUCCAUGCCAACGCUGACGCCACGGAGGUGGUCCUCAAUCGAAUCCCACAGCCGGUCCUGGCCCGCUUCGUGCGGAUUAAACCUCAGACGUGGAAGAACGGCAUUGCGCUGCGGUUCGAGCUCUACGGCUGUCAGAUCACGGAUGCCCCCUGCUCAGAGCUGCAGGGCAUGUUGUCUGGUUUGCUUCCUGACUCGCAAAUCACUGCGUCCUCCAUGAGGGACAUCCACGGCUCCAUGGGGGCCGCCAGGCUGGUGGCCAGUCGAUCAGGCUGGUUUCCCAACCCAACGCAACCCAUAGUUGGAGAAGAGUGGCUGCAGGUGGACCUCGGUGUGCCCAAGAUGGUGCGUGGCAUUAUUACCCAAGGUGCACGAGGCCUGGAGGGCAGUGCGGAGAACAGAGCAUUUGUCAGGAAGUACAAACUGGCUCACAGCUCGAAUGGCAAAGACUGGACCUACAUCACUGACAGCAAGACUGGGUUUGCUAAGAUCUUUGAGGGCAACGGCCACUACGAUACUCCCGAGGUGCGGAGGUUUGACGAGAUAGUGACUCAGCACAUCCGAGUCUUUCCAGAGAGAUGGUCGCCCGCCGGGAUCGGCAUGAGGAUGGAGGUUCUCGGCUGUGACCUGCCCGGUAGGAGCGCACACACUCUUUCUCGAUUCACAGCCACCACUCCGCCCCUGUCGGCCGUUUGUGGCUUUGAGCAGAGCCUGUGCGGGUGGUCGGCUGAUCCCCAGUCAGGUGUGAGCUGGACCCUGCACACAGCUAGCAGCAGCUCCACUGUGCACGGCGCUCAUGGAACAAGGCAGGACCUGGCACUGGGAUCAGAAAAUUUUUCAGGGAACUACCUUCAUCUCGAUGCCGGAAGCCACACCCUGCGCAAGAAAGCCCGGCUGCUGAGCCCCGAAGUGGGGCCAGAGCAAGGCCCGCUCUGCCUCCAGUUCUACUACCAGCUCCAGGGAGAGGCACAGGGCAGCCUGAGGGUCCUGCUGAGGGACAGCGACCAGGGAGAGACCCUGUUAUGGGCAUUAAAAGGUGACCAAGGCAGUCACUGGAAAGAGGGGCGCACCAUCCUUCCUCGAAGCCCCAGAGAAUAUCAGGUGGUGUUUGAGGGGUUUUUUGAACACCCGACAAGAGGACAUAUCAGAAUAGACAACAUCCACAUGAGCAGCAGCGCUGACCUGGAGCAGUGUGCACAGCCUUUGCAUGCUUUACUUCCUGGCCUGAAAAGGGGUGCCAUAUCUGGAAUGGAGCCCACAGUAGACACAGUGGUGGUGCAGCCAGUCCCUGCCUUCUGGUACUAUGUGUUGGCGGGAGGCGGUGCCCUCUUGGUGCUGGUCAGUAUAACCGUGCUGGUGAUACUGUGCUGCCACCGGUACCACUGGGCGACCAAGAAGACCAGCAGUAGUCAUCAUCAUUCGGUGACGUACCGCAACAACCAACUGCCAUAUCAGCAAGGUCGCCAAAACUGGUACCAGAGCCAAAACCCAGGCUGUAAUCUGAUCCAUAGCCCUAACCAAAACAACCUGAACCCAAGCACCGGGCCGAGUCUGGAACCCAUGCUCACCAUAUCACUGGAGAAAGAGGACAGCUACGACUCCCAGUGUUAUCCCAGGCCAAUAGAUUUUGAAAAAGAUCCUGUUUUCAACCACAAGCCCCCCAUCAACGAAGACUAUGUGUUCCCAGGGUGGCCAUCCUCCUUCUCCACCCCCUCCUCCAACAUGGACCCCCCCUCCGUCACCUUGGUGUCAGAGAAGGACAAGGACAAUGCCUGGCUGUACACGCUCGACCCGAUCCUCCUCACCAUCAUCGUGAUGAGCUCGUUAGGCGUCCUGCUGGGAGCGGUGUGCGCGGGAUUCCUCCUCUACUGCACGUGCUCCUACAGCGGGCUCUCCUCGCGCUCCUCCACGACACUGGAGAACUACAACUUUGAGCUGUACGACGGGAUCAAGCAUAAAGUUAAGAUGAACCAGCAGAGGUGCUGCUCAGAGGCAUGAGGACUCAGAGGGGAACUCUGGAGAGUGAUGGUGGGGGAAGACGCGAGCCCCCGCAAGUCAUCUUGUUCUCAGACAAUUUGAAAACGAAGCACUAUCUGUAAUCUCGACCCCCGUGUCCCCUACCUAAUGCCCCGCUAACCCCUUGCUCUGAUGUCUAACGGGGUGAACCCGGAGUUUCCCCGAUUGUCUAUGUGCCAGUGGGAACUUGUGAUCUUUAUCUCCCCUACAUGCUACGAGGCCUAAACUAGGGGAACAUGUGACCCCCGUCUCCCCCCGCCUAUAGUCCAUUUUCUCCUCUGCCUGCAGGAGACAGCCUGCUCGAUUCUAAAAGCCUGUGAUUGAAUGAAGGAAUGAAAAAAAAAAGAGUAUUAAUGAUCGAUCUACCAUUGAAUAUUACCCACGAGCCACUGGGAUGACAUCGAGAAGAAUGGACUACAGCACCUGUGACAGUCUGGACAUUUGGACUACAAAUGGCAGCACAGUCUGGGCUAAAGUGUUGGGAUUCUUGAUGAAGAAAGGAAUUUGAUGAUCCGCCCUCGUGACUGACGCAGACGUGAAACUUCAGCGCGAACAGCAGAAGCAUGUUCCACAGGGCACCAGUGGGUCGGUUCAGUGGGUCAUUUUUGACUGAAAUCAACACAUAUCAAGUGAAUGCCUAACCCCCCCCCAAAAAAAGUUUAAAAAGAUAUUGAACCACACAACUCAAAUGAUCUAGAUUUCUAAUGGCAAAGAAGGAAAGGAGUAUGAAAAAGGACAUUUUCUUUUCUUUUUUUUGGUUUGUUUCUGAAAGUGUUGGAUAUGAGUUCUGUGAGUUUUUAACGUCCAUUAGCCUGCCAUGUGGCGCUCGCUCGCUCCUUUGUCUGCCCCGGUCUGCGCUUCGUGAAACCAGUGGCAUAGAAGAGUAAUGGUGACUGUUUUUGUUCUGUUUUAGACUUGUGUCUCUUUGGGGAAAAAAAGGUAAAGAAAAGCCAGCUUCAGUUCGUAGCCGCCCUGUAGAGCUCUUAUGCCAUUUUUUUAGCCUUUUAUUUUAGCUUUGUGUUGGACUCCACGGUCUUACGUGUUCUUUCAGUCCUUUACUAGCUAUUUUGGCCUAUUUUCCAUUACAGAUUAUCAGUCUUUACAAAGAGUAGAGGCAAGAUAAAGUAAGGCAGAAAAUCAGAGGUUUAUCAAAAUCUAACAUGCUGUUAUGGAGUCGUGCUUUAGAUUCAGUAUUCUAGAGUUUGUUUUUGGUAUAUAUCUCUAUUUUUUUGCUUUCCAAACUGUACGAUGCCCAAAUGAUGGACAGACACUGUGUGAAGAAAAUGUCAGUGAUUGUUUUAUUGCAACCUAUGGAUUGCCAAAGAGCCUUGUAUGUGCACGGUAGGGCUGCGGGGAUUAAGAGCGAUGAGUCGUCACGCCGCUUAUCCACCACUCUUAACUUUACCCUUCUAAACAAAGGCCGCUCAAAGAUGAAAGGCGAAAGAAAGACUACAGGAGGAGAACGGAAAUCGCACCGUCGACUUUUUUGGACACACAAUCGAGCCUUAAGCUAACUACAGUAUACGCUGUAUCGGAGGACAGCCAUCGAGGAGGGCCAGUGCUGCUGGAGAGACUGAUAAACAGGAGGAGGCACACACACACACACACACACACACACAGAGGUAGAGAGGAAGACAGAGGCAAAGACAAAUAAAUGGUUGUGUUUACAUGCAAGUGCCAAAUGUGUUAUUCAAAAGAAAUACCAAGCAAUCGAUCGUUUAGCCUAAACUGAGCCUUUCUUAUAGGUAUCUUCGACAGCUGAUAGCAUCCCAGGUGUGUUUCUGCUGUUGUGUUUCUAUUUUGUUUGUAUUUCAUGCACGCAAUUGAGUCACAAAAUAAAGAAAUGUUAUUGGUGGCAAAACAUUUAGUGAGACUGCAAAAGAAAAAGCAGGUAAACGUGCAAAUUUGACAAAAAACACAGGUUUUACUUUGUGAUGCAGCCUGUGAAAAGCAGGAUAAAGAUGCAGCUUCUAUCACAGGUUUAAUCAUUUAUGAAAGUGCUGCAAAUGAAUAUCUAAUCAACGCCCAGUAAUUUGUUUGACAUUUCUAAAAAAGAAACCAUGUUUGGUUGGAGUCCUGCCGACUCGAGGUCGGCUUUAAUGUUCCCCGAAGUGCUCUAACAAAAAAACACUGAUGUUAAAAAUAUCUGCAAACCUUGUGUUCAGACAGAGAAAAGUUUGGGGAAAUAUAGAUUUUUCUAAUGCAAACUUCACCUGUGUUAUUUUGUGUAUGGAAUAAGAAAUUACUGAGCAUAAUUAAUAUUUUUUAAUAGAAGAAAAUCCAUCCAAAAAGUUUCAACUGGGAACAUUAAAUCAACUUUAAUUAAAUUAAUAUCCAAUCCAGUUAUUCUGUGCAUGUGAGCGUAUCCAAAGACUGCGAAAGUAAAGAGCAAACAAAAUAAAAGAUAGAAGAUGAGCGUGAGGAGGACAGGUGGAUGAUGAGAGACACACACGACUUCAGACUGGAGGACUAAACGCUGAACUCCGCCUCUUUCUUUUACAGAUGAAACCUUAAUCCUAGGAAGUAGGUUUUGAUUUUCUUUUGAAUCUGUGAAAUAUCACGUUGUUAUCUUCUACGGUGUAAACUCAAAGAGCAGAGGAAACAAGGGGGGAUGUAGGAGGAGAACGAGUCGCGCUCGGUGCAUCUUUGCCUGCAGCCCCCGUUCUUUCUCUCUGUCUUCCUCUCUCCUCUUUCAAGGGCAAGCAUCGAUAUAGCCAGGAGGCCUAUUAAGGAAAAAUAAACAAAGAAGAUGAAGGGAAUAGUAAAAGGUGUUGAAAGAGAGAUGAAGGAAGGGAACAAUGGAGGGAGACGGAGAGUUUUCUGUCCAUCUAACUGUGUUUUCAUUGGACUGUUUUCCAAGUGCCUUGGAGCUCUCUCAUUAUGUCUCUCUUGCUUGCUCUCUCUCACUCUUUCUCUCUCCCA